ACCAGUAUAUAGUGACGCGAAGUGGGUGUGAGUGGUGCAUCGUCAAAGAGAGAGGCCGACCUCGCCCGACCUGUGUCUGCCGUUUUCGUAUCAUACCUGUGUAUUUUUUCGCUUUAUUUGUUACAUUUUCACAGCAAAACCAAACUGAGUUGAGUGUUGUGCGCGCUACGAGGAUGUCGCCGGCGAAUUGGCGAUUCUGAAAAGCAGCAGAAAAAUACAUAGGUCGAAAUCAUCGCGAAUGCAGAGAUCCGGAGAGGAUAGAGUGAGUGUCGUUUCGCGAAGGAAAGGAGAGAGAAAGAAAAAACGAGUAAACAAAUAAAAGUGGACGGCAGAGGCAGAGACGCGAGUGAGAGUGAGCAAAAAUCGACGAGAAGGCAGGCAAAAAGGGAGAGGGCAGAGAGAUACGUAUAGGAGAGAAGAGCGGAGAAAGAAAGAGAGCGAGCCAGAAUAAAAGAUGCUCAAGUUUAUCAGAGGCAAGGGCCAGCAGCCCACGGUGGAACGGCAGAAGCUGCAAAAAGACCUGUUCGCUUUCCGUAAGACGGUUCAGCAUGGCUUCCCAAACAAGCCGACGGCCAUAGCUUGGGACCCGAGCCUGCGCUUGAUGGUCAUCGGCACGGCAUCCGGAGCCAUCAAGGUAUUCGGAAGGCCAGGAGUGGAGUUCUACGGUCAGCAUGCCAGCGAGAGCGGCGAGAUUGCCGUCACCAAGAUCAUCGCUCUGCCCAACGAGGGUCGAGUGGUGUCGCUAUGCGACGAUAACUCAUUACACCUAUGGGAGAUCAACGAAAACUCCGUUAUCGAGACUAAAUCGCUGUCGUUGGAGGGCAAGUUGAAGAAAAUUUCGGCGAUGUGCCUAGAAUCGAAUGGCGAUCACUUGCUACUUGGCACCGAGGGUGGAAACAUCUACCUAUUGAACCUUAAGACCUUCACCAUGUCCGAUACCAUCAUCUAUCAGGAUGUGGUUAUGCAAAAUGUCCCAAAAGACUUUAAAGUCAAUCCAGGACCAGUAGAAGCCAUAGCCGAGCAGCCAGGCCACCCAGACAAUAUUCUGAUCGGCUACAAUCGGGGCUUGAUAGUCUUAUGGAACAAAGCCACUCCAGGCGCUCAACAGCUGAUGGGUUUGUUUUCGCGUGCGCAGACUUUCGUCUCCACGCAGCAGAUCGAGUCGCUGCACUGGGUAUCCGAGUCGCGUUUUGUCUACUCGCACAAUGACGGGUCGUACGCAUUCGCCAGCCCCGGCAACGAAGAUACACCAACACCAACUACACCUUACGGACCGUAUCCUUGCAAAGCUAUCACCAAGAUUGUCGUGCAUCCUGUCGAAGAUGACGACGAACUGGUGCUCUUUUCGGGAGGCAUGCAGCGCUCAGCACAUGGCGAUCGCCACACCAUCACAGUAAAACGCGAGGGUAAAAAUCAGAAGCACGUGGUAUUUGAUUUCACGUCGAAAGUCAUCGACUUCUUUACCAUCCUGCCGAAGAGCAAGCUUGAGGAGGAAAACGAGGAGAAAGAUGAGAAAGCCAAAGUAGUCGAGUGUCCUGAGGCACUUAUCGUUCUUGCCGAGGAAGAGAUCGUCGCGAUUGAUCUUACCGAUCCCGACUGGAAGAUGAUGGCUUUGCCAUAUCUCGUUUCUCUUCAUGCCAGCGCUGUGACGUGCUCGCAACAUGUGCCGAAUGUACCACAAGAACUCUGGGACCAAAUCGAAUCAGCAGGCAGAGCUCAAACGGAACAUCUGUACUCGGACAAAGAAUGGCCGAUUGACGGUGGCGUAUUGCUCUGUCGCAAAGUCGCCGAUCCGGAUAAGCCCAAAGUGCACGAGUUAUUACUCACUGGGCACGAGGACGGUACAGUGCGAUUCUGGAAUGCCUCGGAUGUCUGCCUCACACCUCUCUACAAGUAUAACUCGUCGGUGCUAUUUACUGGUGAACAUCUCGAUUUAUUGGAACAGGCACCUGACGACCAGGAAGACGAUUGGCCACCUUUCCGCAAGGUGGGUACAUUUGAUCCAUACUCAGACGAUCCACGUCUCGCCGUCAAGAAAGUUCUGCUUUGCCCAAUGUCUGCCACCCUGAUCAUAGCAGGCGCAGCCGGACACAUAAUCACAGCAAAGAUAUGCAAUGAGGCAACCAAUAAGGAGGUGAAAUCAGUAACGAUGAAUGUGGUGAACGAUCGUGAUGGUUUCAUUUGGAAGGGCCAUGAUCACCUUCCUGCUCGCACCGCCAGUAUCUCCUUUGCCGUGGGCUUUCAGCCACAUUGUGUUCUUCAACUCUAUCCACCAGCUGCCGUUACUGCCCUUGCUGUUCAUAGUGAAUGGGGAUUAAUGGCAGCUGGUACCGCUCAUGGCUUGGCUGUUUUUGACUACACUCGAAUCAAGUCGGUCAGCGUUAAAUGUACACUCAAUCCCAAUGAUCUUUCUGGUGCUGGAGACACGCCAAUUUCUAGAAGGAAAUCGUUCAAGAAGUCUCUGCGAGAAUCAUUUAGGCGAUUGAGGAAAGGAAGAUCACAGCGCAGAGCUACGACGGCUGGUAGUCCGCCUCGAUCUGCUGCUUCUGCCAGCGAUGCGAAAAAGAAUCCGAGUCCAGCAACAUCACCGACGGCCGAUCCGGCUGUAGAUGUGAAACCCGUUGAGAGACAAGUUGAAGCAAGACCGGUGGAUGAUGCCCUAGGGUCAAUGGUCAGAUGUUUGUACUUUGCCAGAAGUUACAUCAUCAGUAUGCAAAAUACAACGCCAACCCUGUGGGCAGGCACAAACAACGGCACAGUCUAUGUAUUCACUUUAGCAAUCCCAGCUGGAGUUCGUCGUACCGAGGAAGACGUCAGUUGUACCUUGGGUAAAGAGAUUCAGUUGAAACAUCGAGCACCAGUAAUUGCGAUCACGAUUCUUGACGGCUCGAACGUACCUCUACCGGAACCCUUCGAAGCCGAGAAAGGAAUUUGUCCAGGCCCAGAUAUGGCAUCACCACACCGAGUAGUCAUAGCUAGCGAAGAACAGUUUAAAAUCUUCAACCUACCAUCUCUCAAACCUUGUUGCAAAUACAAGCUUACUGCACACGAAGGUUCGAGAGUUAGAAAGACUGGUUUCGCCAAGUUUAGGUGUCCCGUCGAACCAUCUGGUGUUCACGAAGAAACUUGUUUACUAUGUUUGACUAAUCUUGGAGAAUGUCUCGUUCUUGGGAUUCCUGAGCUCAGGAGGCAACUUAAUGCAGCUACGAUUAAGAGAGAAGAUAUAAAUGGUAUAUCAUCACUGACGUUUACAAAGUCUGGAGAAGCUUUGUACCUGCACUCAUCGUCAGAGCUGCAGCGUAUAUCACUCUCUGCCUCAAAAGUGACUAAAGCACAUUGUGCUCUAAAUUUACCACCAAACGCGAGGUCUAGCCCGGAGGUAGUAGCGCCAGAUCAGAAAGAUACUUCCACAGCCGAAUCCGAAGAUAAAAAAGAGGCUACGGAAGAAGUCAUUGAAGUUGACAAGAAAGCGGAAAACGAAGUGCCGGCUAUUGCUGUGCCAAAGGUUAUAGAGAAUGGUAUCUCAGGAUCUCCAAACGGCGAAGAGUCACCCAAAGAUCCAUCCAUCAAACCUGCUGUCAACACGACGGAGGUCAAUGGCGACGAGGAUGCACAAAAUCUUAGCUCGCUUGGUGACAUCACCAUUGACAGCGUUAAGGAUCACUUGCUUAACAGUUCACUUUUCAGAAAUGCCACUUCGUCAGAGGAUCUUCAUAAUCGAUUGGCAGGUCUGAAAAUGGAAGUAACGUCACGUACGUCGGAAAUUUCGACACAAAAUCAGCAAGUUGUGGUCAAGACGACGACGGUCAUAUCGCAACAGGCUUCGAGCAAUGGAAUCACCACCAACGGUGAUGUUGAUACACAGACUACGAACCAGAAUGCUUCUGAACAAGUUAACAGCACAACCGUAGAGAGAGAAAUUACCAGUGGCACCGAAACAACGACGACACUUGCCACCAUCACAUUACCCCCCGGCGUCGAGCUAACUGCGGCUGACUUAGCAAACCUCGAAGUUACAACUACAACGGUCACUACUGAAAAGUCCAAGGCGCCGUUGGCCAGACCAGAAGAAGUGGGCUCAUAGAGAAACGGUGUUUCUGCCACGAGGUGAUAUUUUUUCUUUACCAAUUAGAUCGCAAGAUAGAUUUUUUAAAUCUAGAUUUAUAUAAAAAAAUAUAUUAAGUACGCUAGUUUUCUAAGAGUAAAUAACGAAAAUGCGUAUGGUAAAGAAUGGCACCAUGAAAAGACGGAAAGGAAGUAAAAGCAGUGGAUGGAAAAAAGUUAUUUAGCGUAUAUUAUUUUUUGCAUCGUAUGCUUUCUUAAUUUCAUGAGUUUAUUCCAUGAUAUACUCAUUAUUUAUAUAUAUAAUUAUGAAUAAUAUAUUAUUCAUAAUUAAGUAUAAUUAAGCAGUACAUUAUAAUUAUGUGGAAAGGCAUUUGUUAUCGACUACAUUACUAUGUACUUGUUUAAUUGUCUUAUUUAUUAAAUUAACUAAAGCAACUGAGUGUUUUCGCGUUAUCGAAAGAUUUUGGUUGAUUGAAAAAAUACUUGAAAACUGAGACUGCAGAGAAAAAAGCAUAAGUAAAACAUUAAAACCAUUUAAAUUAAAUUAGUCGACAACAGAUGAUAAAUAUUAAUGUAAAAGCUAUAAGCAUGAAAAGUUUUUUUAUAAUAUUUUAUACAGAUAUAGUGGGCUCUGUUAGCGAUCUAUUUUUAUUUAAAAUAUUUUAUAUGAACGACAUUUCAAUGUCACGAUAAAAAAAGGUUGUCAAAGUCGUAAAUAAUUGUAAUUUGUUACUUUUGGUAUAACUAGCGAUUGCGAAAUCUAAAGACGUGUAAAGCAAGUUUUUUUUUAUUAUAAAAGUUUAAUUUUCACUGCUUCCGUCACGUAUGACGCUUUUAGCUUUAAGGAAAGCAACUAAUUAAUCAUUAAGUGUUCUCGUUCAGGCCGGUACUAUAAGCCCUCAUUCGCAUUGGAAUAAGAAAUGGAUCGUACAUUUUAUUAGUUUAAUUUCUCAUUACAUGAAAGGUAUUAUAUUUAAUUCUCUGUGGAUUCGUUGAAAGUAUGUCAUUCAUUAUGUUCAUAAGUAAACAAACUGGUCGUUUGAAUUAACUAAUUCAUAUUUGAUAUAGUAUAAUUCAUACUCGAUGACACUUUACGACAGCUAUAUCUAAUCCAUAUGCAAUUAAAUAUAAUUCUUUUUUGAAUACCAUGUAUGCUGUACAAAAUAUAAGAAUUAUACAUCACAGAUAGUGAAAGUUGUGCAAGAGCCAUAUCGUAAACUAUGUAAACUUUUAUAAAAUGAAAUAGACGAACAUAAUUGAAUAAGACGAAAAAAGGAUUACGUGAAAGCGACUUAAAAGCCUUCCGCAGUAUCUUAAGCUUGAAAUAAAUAAAAUAUCAUUGGUCUAUUUUAUCACUAAACGUUCAUAACACUGGAAUUGGAACGUCAGAUAGUUACUUAACAAAUUCAAAUAAAUUGUUUUGAAACUUUGAGGAACAUUUUCAAAGUUUCAAAAAAUCGAAUAACAGCUAAGGAGUGAAGAUGAAAAUAAAAUAAACUGUGACGUAUAAAAGAGACACGCGUUACAGAUAUAUUUUUAUCAAUGUUGCUUAGUCGUUAAAGCUUUUUUUAUGUGAAUAUCGCACUUUGCUGAUUCGUUGCGAUGCACUUUGCAUUUAAUAAAUUAGCUCACUUGUCAGUUUUAUAUGUGAAAAUUAAGCGCUACUCUGUCUAUUUUAUGCUUGUAAUAUUCAUGUUUUCUUUUAAGCAUUACAUAUUAUUAUGACAAUUUUUAAUUGUAUUACCUUUGAUUAAUAUUAUUAAUUAGUAUAAUUCGUUAAAUACCUUGGUGGAGGACCAUUUGUUGUGUAUUCAUUUUCUCGAAUGCGUAUCUCUGUUAAUUACCUAAGCACUAGUUUGUGUAUUACACAUGUAUGUAUUUUACGCACUACAUCGCGUCAAGGAAUUUGAAAAGUUGAUUAUAACAUAUUUGAAAUAAUUUUGUCUCGUUCAUUGCUUUUGUCUACUGUCUUUUACAAAUUAAAUUUAUUUAUAUUUAAAAAUGAACAUUUCCAUAAAUUUAUAACCUUCUCUGAACUACAGUUUGAGAUAUUUUAGCAGUAUUAUUAUCGAUGUCUAUGAUGCGCAUUUUAAAUGAUAAUUUUACUUAUAGCACAUUGGUAAUUUCAAUUUUAGAGAUUUACUGUAUAUUUGUCAAUCAUUUUAAUCAACUUUGCAUUCCUUAAUUAAAAGAAGACGUGGUGCAAUGUUCUGUAUGUUUCAUAAUUGCAACGAUCACUUUAAUCCGGUUUGCAUGAAUUACUCACUCUGAAGAUUUAUUAAAUUAGAAUCGACAUUUUCAAAAACUUUAAAUAUGAUUUAGUAUAGUUUUACACACGAGAAAUUCUUUCAACCAUUGUCACUUCCCUAAUAUUACUUCAUGGUCACUAUAGCAGUAUUUAAUUCUUGUUUAACUAUUUAGAUGAAAUGAUGUAGGUAGUUUUAUUCGCUUCCAAAAGUGUCUCUUGCAACGCGUCAACGAAUACAAGAAAAAAAAUAUAUUAUAAAAUCAAUAAAUAAUAUACAAUAUUUUAACAAAUAAUUAACACGGGGCCUUUGUAGAUAGUUUUUAAUUGUUUCAAGUUUUGUUUAAUAAAUGUUGGAUAAAAAAAAUUUUUACGAAGACACAUUCAUCUUAAGAUUGCAUCGAAAAGAAACAUCCUGUAAAAGUGUAGUUUAUUGUAGACUUUGCCAUUAUCAUAUUUAACGAGUUAUAGGAUAAACUAAUUAUCUAGAAUUCUCAGUUAAUGGCAGAUGAACUCUUGUUAAAACGAAGCUUUAUCGAAUUAUACAUGGAAGUUAUGUUCCUUCUAUUAUCAAUGACGGCGCUAAUAACAAUAUAACAAUAAUAACAAUAAAUUGCGUUGUGUUUCUUAAUUCGAACAAUUUUUCAUAUUCGUACAUGACACUGCCUAAAAACAGAAAUUUUCUUACGGUCGAUUCGUCGAAGAUUUAAUGUAAGAUCACUUAUUAUAUCUUAUUAAACAUUUACUUCUGCAACAUUAAUUUUUCAUUCAUUUCAGUAGCCCGACCUUUAUCUUAGCUCGAUCUCAUAUGAAACUAUUGCGUUAAAUUUCCACAGGAAAAAACCUACUUUUAUCAUCAGCAACGAAAAAAAAAACUCACAUUAAUUCUUAUCUUCUUAGAGGCAACGAACGAUCUAUUGUCGCGAUUUGUUGUUUUUGUAGACAAGCAAUCGACUAAGAAAGGAAGUUUCCAAUUUAUGAUUGAAGUAAUCUAAUUGAAAUUAAUCCUUAUGUGAACUUUUUCACUGGCAGACUGAACAUGUGUGAUACAAUGUUAAAUUCGAAAACUUUCUUCUGAAUUGGACAUAAUGGAUUUGAAAGGAAAAGGUGAUAGAUGGUGGACUAAGGCUACAGUCAAUGUCAGAGUAUAUUAUGAAAAAGCGUUUUAGGUUUAUUACUCUUGUCGGUAACGCGACAAUUAGUAGAUUAUAUAUACAUAUCUUCGAAUCGUUAACCACUCGGUAUUGUCUUGGAACAACUGUAGCUGUCGCGUAAGUUUUUACUUUGUACUGGUGAUACUAUUGUAUUAUUGAUUGUUUAAUUAGAGCUUCAAAUUCUACUGAAGCUCCAAUUGAACUGUUCAAAAACUUACACCAUUAAUUCCAUCGCUUUUAUUAAUUAAUCGAGAAAUAAUCAAUUUCCUCUUAACAUAUCUCAGAUUUCUCCAGAAACUGAUAGAUAAGAUGUUUCGACAAGCGAACUGCUUAAAAAAGAAGACAACGCAUAAAAUUAUCGCAUGUGAUUGUCCUCGCGAAACUGUAGUCACUAUACUAUAGCAUAUGACAAG